UCCAUCCUUCUCCAUCAUCUCCUCUACUCUUCCUUCCUGAACUAACCAGCAGUUUCCCUACAUCCUUCUGUUUUUUUGCUAUAAACAUGGCUGAGGAGCACCACCACCGCCACCACCUCUUCCACCACAAGGAGGAGAACGAGCGGCCCUCCGAGGUCGUCUACUCUGAAUCUGGCUAUGUUCAGUCUGGGGAGGGGUUCGGCGCCUACUCGCAGACCGCUGAGGUCUUCGAGAGCGAGCCGCCCGUCGACUAUGAGAAAGAGGAGAAGGAGCACAAGCACAAGGAGCACCUCGGCGAGAUGGGAGCCAUCGCCGCUGGUGCUUUUGCUCUGCACGAGAAGCACAAGGCAAAGAAGGACCCAGAGCAUGCUCACAGGCACAAGCUGGAAGAGGAGAUCGCCGCGGCGGCCGCAGUUGGUGCCGGCGGGUAUGCCUUCCAUGAGCACCACGAGAAGAAGGAGGCGAAGCAUGAGGCUGAGGAGGCGGAAGGAAAGAAGCACCACCAUCUCUUUUAAGUUAUUAGUCUUGGGUUUUCAUGUGAACUAAUAACAGUUGUUGGUGUGUUCUGGUUGUCAUGUGUGUCCCGGUGCUGCUGCUGCUUUAGGGUUCUGCUUCUAAUAAGCAAGUUCCGGUGUUCUCUCUUUUUGUUUUUUUUCCUUUGCCUCUCUUACUCUUAUCUUUGUUGCCUUGGUGCAAGUGAAUAAUAUAAAUGAUGCAUUUCAUAACUAA